CUGGUGCCAGUCCUGCCUUGCCAACCAAACUGGCCCCAGAGAGUGAGGAUGGCCUUUGGGACACAAGAAGGGGGAAUGUUUCCUAAGGGAGACAGAGGAAUAUCUCCCAUCAAGGCCAUCUGUGUUCAAUUAGGGAACAGAAGAGCAAUCUCCAACAGUUGCAGAAUUCUCUCGGUGCCAUGUCCUGGACUGUGGUCUGGUUGUGCCUAUACCUGUACCUGUGCGUGUGUGUACGUCCGUCUCAUGCCUCGCCCCCGCAGCACCGCGGCUGGCUGCGUCUCUGGGAGGAGGGCGAGGCCUGUGGCGAGUGCCAGGAGCACCUAUGCCCCCCGGCGCCCCCCAACUGCCCGGCUGGCCUGGUGCGGGACAACUGCGACUGCUGUGAGCAGUGUGCCAACGCCGAGGGCCAGCUGUGUGACCCCGACGGAGCACAGGAGUUCUACGGUCACUGCGGGGAGGGGCUGCACUGCCGGAGGCCCCCGAGAAGGAAGAGGCGCCUCAAGGGCGGGGAUGGCGAUGACAGCCCAGAGCCCAAGUGUGUGUGCCGGUCCACAAGCUCCGUGUGUGGGUCAGAUGGGCGCACAUACCCCAAUCCCUGCCAGCUGAGGGAGGAGGCCAGCAGACUGGGGAAGGAGCUGAGAGUUAUUGGGGCUGGACCCUGCCACUCGGCCCCACAGAUUUCCAGAGCCCCUCAAGACCUGACAAAUUACACAGGAAAUGACAUCGCAUUUGGAUGUGAGGUGUCUGCCUUCCCUAUUCCCAGCGUGAGCUGGAAGAAGAACGGUAGCGACAACAUCCUACCUGGUGAUGACCCUCACAUUUCAGUCCAGGCACGGGGUGGGCCGCAACGCUUCACUAUAUCAACAUGGCUGCAGAUCCAAGGUCUCCGUCUCUCUGAUGCUGGCAGCUACUCUUGCAUCUCUCAGAAUGCACUGGGGAACGCUUCAGCCUUAGCUCGGCUUCAAGUGCUCAGAAAAGUUUCCCAGAGAUAAGGAAGAGUGAUGGUGAGUUUGAUGACCAUGGUGACCCCGAGAAGUACUACAGCAAUGCAGAUGAUGAAGAUGAGGACCUGCCUGUAUAUCAGGGGACUACUUAUGAUAGCGCAUUAAAAGAAUGCAAGGGAGAGGAUGACUGUAGAUUAGCAUUAGGACAUAAAUAUGCAAUAGGUUCAGAAUAUACUAACAUGUUCCCCAUCUUAAGCUAAUCAACUUGGUAUGCAUGAACCUCCCAGAUGAAUCAUUGCUUUUCAUAAUGUACUUUAGAGACUGUCAAUUACUCCUGUCUUUUUUCUUGCAAAUACAACACUCUGUUUGGAGAAAUUCAAAAGAAAAAAAAACCCACAUCUGAUCAAAUGAAAGG